CCGAGAACCAUAUAAAUGUGCCGAUGGUCCCAAUGACUACCUAUUAUACACCUCCGAGUUUGGGCUCGCUUGGUAUGUCCAUCUUAUCUUGUGGCUUUGGAGACAUCUACGACUUAGAUCACACCGACAAUCCAUCAUGGGCUUCACAUUCGACGAGGCCCGGUACUUCAACCGGACCCUCUUUUUCUCAGUCUUUGUCAUCGCCGUGUCGACAUUCAACUAUGGUUUCGACAACCAAGCCUUUGCAACAACGCAGGCCAUGGAUGCCUUCACGAAACAUUUUGGCGAGUACAACGAAGGCACCGGUAAAUAUGCGCUCGACUCCCGCUGGUUGUCCCUUUUCAACAGCUUGAACUAUAUUGGUUUUGCGGCAGGUGUCCUUGUCGGAAGCUUCAUCUCUGCUCGCUUUGGCCGUCGUUGGUGCAUGUUAGUUAUGAGCGUUUACGCCCUCGCUACGGCUACUGUGACCGUCACGUCCAAUACCAAGGAACAAAUAAUGGCUGCUCGAAUUCUGAACUAUGUAUACGUCGGCAUGGAACUAUCGGUGGUUCCUAUAUUUCAAUCUGAAAUCGUUCCUGCUCCAAUUCGUGGGUUGAUUGUCGGGACGUAUCAACUUAGUCUGACAUUGGGAGGAGUGGUCAUAAAUGCCGUGUGCUACGGAACUAGCCGCAUUGAUGACAACAGGGCGUGGCGCAUACCCCUGGGUCUUUUCUAUAUAGUCCCUACAGUCAUCGCCAUCUCGAUAUUCUUCGUACCAGAGUCUCCCAGAUGGCUACUACAGCAAAACAGAGUGGAAGAGGCCAAGCUGAGCCUACAGAAGCUUCGCCAAGGAGCUUUCACGCAAGAAGAGAUCACCAACGAGCUUAAAGAGGUGGAGUUUGCACUGGCGAACGAAGCAGAACAAGGCAGAUUUGCCGAACUCUUUCAAGGCAAAAACCUCAAGCGAACACUCAUCGUCGCGGCGGUCAACUUCUUUCAACAGGCGACUGGCCAGGCGUUUUCGUCCCAGUACGGAGGCGUUUACGUCCGAUCACUGGGCAUUAUAAAUCCUCAACUGUUUACCUUGAUGUCGAGCUGCAUCAGUUUUGGUGUCAUGAUAUGUGUUCUAUUCAUUGCCGACAAGGUUGGCAGACGGAAACUGUUGCUAUUUUCCUCCUGCGUAUUGAUCGCGGGACUCAUUACAAUGGCGAGUUUAGGCGUCGAGGAACCAAUCACGACACCUAGGAUGAAAGGAGUGGUCGCCAUGAUUGUUGUAUUUGGGUGUGGCUUUGCCUGUGGUUGGGGACCAUUGACAUACGUUGUCGUGACCGAAGUUACUUCGCUACGACUACGAGACCAUACUUCUCGUCUCGGGUUUGCCAUCAACGUCUGCUUCAAUUUCGCCGUCAACUUCUCAGUCCCAUACCUGGUAUUCCCCGAUGAAGUGGGCCUGGGUAGUAAGGUAGGGUUCAUCUUCGGCGCAGUUGCGCUUCUCUCCUUGGUCUUCACCUACUUUUGCGUACCGGAAUGCAAGGGCAAGACAUUGGAGCAGGUCGACUGGCUAUUCAACAAUGGUGUCCGACUGCGGGACUUUGGCAAGACGGAUGCGUCGGGAAUGCUAGAGGGAGCCGGCGGGGUCAAGCCUCUUGGUGAUAUCGAAGCUGCCACAUCGAAGACCUUAACCUGCAGCCACGUGCGAAAGAUCUGAGCCGAGGGCGGGGAUGUAACUAGUCCGCGGAUAGGAAGCUUGGACUACGUCACAUUAAUAUGCAUUGUAGCCUCUUUGUACGUAGGAUGUUGUAGCACCAACCAAACGUAUACAAUAUCUGAUCUUUACGCGUUCGCAGGGCUGGUCCACCUCCAAAACCGGUUAUCAAUGUUCUUAGUGGAAUUAAGCAUCUAUU